UAAAUUUUUCACCAUGAUAUGAUGUCUAUAUUGAAUUGUACUAUAAUUUGUAUGUAAUCGACAAUUGUCGAGAAAGAGAUUGAAAGCGUUGAAUGCGUACGACUCGAAAAAAUGGAAACAAUAUUAGAACAACAACGACGUUAUCAUGAAGAAAGAGAAAGAUUAAUGGACGCGAUGGUCAAAGAAAUGCUUUACAAAAAGCCAGGACAUAGAGAAAGUAUAAAUUCGGAACAUCGGUUAAAAAUGCUGCUCGAUCAGUACAUGGAUAGUACAUUACAUUUGCAAGAUUUGUAUGAAGACAAAGAUGGACAAAGAAAAGAAGAAGUGCAAGCACUUUCUGGUCCAAAUGAGUUUUCCGAAUUUUACUCAAGAUUAAAGUCUAUAAAAGAAUUCUAUCGUCGACAUCCUAACGAAAUAAGUAUUCCAAUGUCUGUGGAAUUCGAAGAACUAGCCAAAAUGAGGGAAAACCCAACAGAAGAACUUUCAAAUCUUGUUGAAUUUACAGAUGAAGAAGGUUAUGGGAAAUAUCUUGAUCUCCAUGAAUGUUAUGAAAAAUACAUCAACCUUAAAGGCAUAGAAAAAAUAGAUUAUAUUACAUAUCUAUCCACUUUCGAUCAUUUAUUUGACAUACCAAGAGAAAGGAAAAAUGCUGAAUAUCAAAAAUACGUGGAGUCUCUGUUAGAAUAUCUAACUGAUUAUUUAAGUAGAGUUAGACCUUUACUUGACAUAAAUGCAGAGUUGGAAGAGGCAAAUAACGAAUUUGAAACACAAUGGGAGAAUAAUACAUUUCCAGGAUGGCCAAAGGAAACUGGUAGUGCUUUAACUCAUGUAGGGGCUCAUUUAGAACUUUCUGCCUUUUCUUCAUGGGAGGAGCUUGCAUCUCUUGGCUUAGACAGAUUAAAGUCUGCAUUAAUGGCUUUGGGUUUAAAGUGUGGCGGUACAUUGGAAGAGAGAGCUCAAAGGCUUUUUAGUACAAAAGGUGAAGCAUCUUUGGAUCCAAAUUUAUUAGCUAAAAAUAACAGAAAUAGAAAGUCUGGAAAAGGAAGAAAUUCUGAGAAACAAAAAGAGAUUGCACAUUUUGAAGCACAGGUUUACAAACUUGCAGAAUUGGUAUCAACUCAACGUGUAGCCACAAAAGAAAAUGUUCAGAGAAAACAAGCUAGAACAGAAGGUGAGAGAGGAGAUUCCGAUGCUGAAGCUAGUGCUAGUGAAUCAGAAGAAGAAGAUGACAAUGAAGUACCUUAUAAUCCUAAAAACCUCCCACUUGGUUGGGAUGGUAAACCUAUACCAUAUUGGUUAUACAAAUUACAUGGCUUGAAUAUUAGUUAUAAUUGUGAAAUAUGUGGGAAUUUUACAUAUAAAGGACCAAAAGCUUUCCAAAGACACUUUGCAGAGUGGAGGCAUGCACAUGGUAUGCGUUGCCUUGGUAUUCCAAAUACUGCACAUUUUGCUAAUGUGACACAAAUAGAAGAUGCUUUAGCUCUAUGGGAAAAAUUAAAAGCUCAGAAACAAGCAGAACGUUGGCAACCAGAACAAGAAGAAGAGUUUGAAGAUUCUCUUGGAAAUGUUGUUAAUCGUAAAACAUAUGAGGAUCUAAAAAGACAAGGUCUUUUAUAACGAUAUUUUAUCGUAUUACAAUGCUCCAUACACACACAUUUCUAUUGUAUAUUUAUUACAUGUCUAUUUUAAUUCACACUAUAUUAUUUGUAAUAUUAUGUAUAUUAAAGUCAAUUUAAUAAAUAUAUUUAUAAGAA